UCUAGCUCGAGAGAUACGCGUGCUGCCCUAGGCUUUUUUUUUCCUCUUUUUUUUCCCCCCAAAAAAAGGCUGGAAGAGCGUCAGCCUUUCCUGUAGUUUCCGAUUCUGCUCUCCCCUCGCCCCACAUCGCUGCGAGCCUUAGGCGGAGCUUUUUUUCUUUUCUUCCCCCGGAGCCUGUAAAGGAAGAUUUUAGAGGAUGGCGAUCCACUCGUGACUCGGGGGGGUUCAGUGAGCUUUGGCCGGAGGAAGUGAGCGGUCGGAGUCCCCUCCUGCUGGCUUUGCAUGCAAAGCUUCAACUCCGCGUGCAAGGAGUUGGGUGCAAGGUGUGCAAGGACUCGAACUCGGGUUUCCUGCUUUCCCGUCUUUCCCCGCUGUCACCAGCUGGCUCUGCUGGCAGAUUUGUUAGUUGGAAAUCUUUCCUGGUUCCUAUGGAGGCUUAGCUAUCUUGUGAAGGAAUAGAGCUGAAGGCCUUGGAAGUUUUGUCCAGAUUUCUUCUGAAUACAAAGUCCUGUGGCGAUCCAUCAGUCCAUUUUGAAGUUGGAUUAGAGACCAGAGAGAAAAUGGAAAGACAACACCCAGCAGAUGCAGCAGUUGGAAAAAACCCUACAGCUGCUCAGCCUUGGAGCUUUGGGAAGAAUGGGGCAAAUCCUGGGCAGAAGACCCAAAACAAUGAAGCCAACAGUUCAGAGGUCAAAUCCUGUCACUUCAGAAAAGUGCAGUUCCAGGAGGGGAGGAGUCCCCGAGAUGUUUGCACUCAGCUUCACCGACUUUGCUGUCAGUGGCUGCAGCCGGAAAGACACACAAAAGCUGAGAUGCUGGACCUGGUGCUCCUGGAGCAGUUCCUGGCUGUCCUUCCCCCAACGGUGGAGAAAUGGGUGCGGGAAUGUGGAGCAGAAACCAGUUCCCAGGCGGUGGACUUGGCCGAAGGCUUCCUGCUGACCCAGGAGUUGGAAAAGAUGCAAGAAGAGUUGCAGAAGUCCUUGGAAGAUGUAUCUGAUUAUCCCAAGGAAAGGAAAGAUUCAUCCAAAUUCUCUCAAGAGCUGCAGUUCAGGGAGAGGUUCCAGAAAGAUCAAAGUCAGGACACCAGGCCAGAGAAUAGAAAGCUGUCCUUGGUUUUUUUAGAAUCGCCUCCUCUUUCUGGUGGAGCUGUGAGAGUGCUUGAAUUUCUGCCUCAGGAUUUUGUGUCUUUGGAGGAAGUGGCUGUGCAUUUCUCUGAGGAGGAAUGGUCUCAGCUGGAUCCUGACCAAAAAGCACUCCAUGGGGAAGUCAUGCUGGAGAAUUCUAGGAAUCUAGCUUCUCUGGGCUAUAAUCGGCAAGAGAAUAAGGAUUGCAAGGCGGAAGGCCAAGCAAUGCAGCCGAAAGAGGGAAAAGAGAAGUUUGCGGAUCAGAGCGGUGAGACGAGCCAAUCACAAAGUGGAAUUAUCAAAGGCUUUCCUCGGAUCAGUUGGCUUCCUAACCAUACAAGCAUUAAUACAGGAGAAAAACCGUACAAAUGCUCGGAGUGUGGAAAGAGCUUUAAUAAAUCUGCUCAUCUCGUUUCCCAUAAAAAGACACAUUCAGAGGAUAAACAGUUUACUUGCAAGGAGUGUGGAAAGACCCUCUGUAACAAUCAUUCUCUUAGAAGUCACGAAAGGAAUCACACAGGAGAACGACCUUAUAAAUGCAUGGAGUGUGGAAAGAGCUUUAGUUGCAGCAGUAACCUUACUUCCCAUAAGAGAAUCCACACAGGGGAGAAACCAUAUAAAUGCAUGGAGUGUGGAAAGACCUUUAUUCAUAGCAGUUACCUGAACUCCCACAAGAGGAUCCACACAGGGGAGAAGCCCUAUCAAUGUGUGCACUGUGGAGAGGGCUUUCGGUGGAAUUGUGAUCUGACUUCCCAUAAAAGGAUCCACACAGGGGAGAAACCAUAUGAAUGCAAGGAGUGUGGGAGAAGCUUUAGUUUUAGCAGUAGUCUUAAUUCCCACAAGAGGAUCCAUAUAACAGAGAAGCGGUACCAAUGUCUGGAAUGUGGAGAGGGCUUUCGGUGGAUUUGUGAUCUCACUUCCCAUAAAAGGAUCCACACAGGGGAGAAACCAUAUGAAUGCAUGGAGUGUGGGAAGAGCUUUGCAAGGAGUAACGCUCUUACUUGCCACAGAAGGAUCCACGCACAGGAGAAGCCGUAUCAGCCGGGGCGGUAUGGGAAGACCUUCAAUAGCAAUAAGGGUAAUCCUCGGUUUAUGACUGCGAUUGAAAUUUCUGUUGCUAAGCAAGACAGUUGUUAAGUAAAUUUUGAUCCAUUUUACGACUUUACUUGCCAUAUUUGUUAAAUGUGAAUCACUUCAGUUGUCAGGUUAGUAGCGUUGUUGUUAAGGGAACCUGGCUUCCCCCUUGGCUUUGUUUGUCAAAAAGUCACAAAAGCUGAUCGCAUGACGCAGGGACACUGCAACGCUCAUAAAUAUGAGUCAGUUGCCAAGCACCUGAAGUUUGAUCAGGUGACAUAGUAAGAUCAGGAAUGCUGUAACGGUUGUAAGUGUGAAAAACAGAAGUCACUUUUUGCAGUGGUGGUAUAGCUUUAAACACUCACUAAACAAACUGUUGUAAGUCAAAGAUUACCUGUAGUUAUCUAAAAUCUCAUACAAGGACCACUUGAGUAAUAAUCAAAAUAAAUUCUGGACCUUCUUAGAUAUGCAUGCAUAAAUAACAUAACAUAACAUAACAUAACAUCAGAGUUGGAAGGGACCUUGGAGGCCUUCUAGUCCAACCCCCUGCCCAGGCAGGAAACCCUACACCAUCUCAGUCAGAUGGUUAUCCAACAUUUUCUUAAAAAUUUCCAGUGUUGGAGCAUUCACAACUUCUGAAGGCAAGUCGUUCCACUUAUUAAUUGUUCUAACUGUCAGGAAAUUUCUCCUUAGUUCUAAGUUGCUUCUUUCUUUGAUCAGUUUCCACCCAUUGCUUCUUGUUCUACCCUCAGGUGCUUUGGUGAACAGCCCGACUCCCUCUUCUUUGUGGCAGCCCCUGAGAUAUUGGAACACAGCUAUCAUGUCUCCCCUAGUCCUUCUUUUUGUUAAACUAGACAUACCCAGUUCCUGCAACCGUUCUUCAUAUGUUUUAUCCUCCAGUCCCCUAAUCAUCUUUGUUGCUCUUCUCUGCACUCUUUCUAGAGUCUCAACAUCUUUUUUACAUCGUGGCGACCAAAACUGGAUGCAAUAUUCCAAGUGUGGCCUUACCAAGGCAUUAUAAAGUGGCACUAACACUUCACGUGAUCUUGAUUCUAUCUCUCUGUUUAUGCAGCCCAGAACUGUGUUGGCUUUUUUAACAGCUGCUGCACACUGCUGGCUCAUAUCUAAAUGGUUGUCCACUAGGACUCCAAGAUCCCUCUCACAGGUACUACUAUUGAGCAAGGUACCACAUAUACGGUACCUGUGCAUUUUGUAUUUUUUGCCUAAAUGUAGAACCUUACUUUUUUCACUGUUGAAUUUCAUUUUGUUAAAUUUGAUGAGUUCCCCAUCUAUCCCCUCGUCCAAGUCAUUGAUGAAGAUGUUGAAGAGUACUGGGCCUAAAACAGAGCCUUGGGGUACUCCAUUGCAUACUUCCCUC